AUGAUAUUGAUACAGAAUUUCAUAACAUUUAUACUCAUAAUACGGCUCACAUCAGCAACUUUAUCAUAUUGUUCAUCUCAAAACACUGGAUCUCAAUUAGUCAAUUCAAGUAUUUAUCAAUCAAAUGGGUUAUGUCAUGAUAAAUGUAACCAGGAAGGAUUUGCACUAGCUAUUGUUCAAUAUCAAGACUGUUGGUGUUCAAAUUAUGUCCCUGGUAACACUGUUGAUGUUGAUGAAUGUAAUAUGAAUUGUCCAGGGUUUCCAAGUGAGAAAUGUGGUGGUGAUGACUUAUAUGGAUAUAUC